AUGCCAAAUGGUGGGCAAGACGAUCAGAAGCUUGUCGCCAGCAAGAAUGGUACCGGACUGUGCUACAGUCGAAGACAGCUGGGCUUUGACCUUUGCAGUCUGCAGCAGCACAACUUGUCGGCUGACCAACAGUUCACCUGUCUUUGGUCAGACAGCCACAAACAGCAAUACUGUGUGUUUGCAGAUCCGCAGUUCGAUCACGGAAAGGGCAUAACCGUGAUAACGACGGCUGAGCGUGCCCGGCAUAUUUUCAAGUCCAACGCGUUUGUGGCAAACCGAACCAGCUCUACUCGUAAGCCUUUGUUCAGAACCAAUGCUAGCGGACGCAAAGGUCGAGGCAUAUACGCAAACAGCCACAUACCCGCAGGCAGCCUCAUCACUCAAGAGACACCAAUCAUUUUCGUAGACGCGAAUUGGAUCAAAGACAUUUCAUCUGAACAGUAUCGAGAUGCGGUCCAAGCGUUGGCUAUCGAAAAACUACCAGGAACCACGCGCCAAACAGUUUACGAGCUCUACGGAGGCCCAGACGCAGGCAGCCUUAGGGACAAGAUUUGGACGAAUGCAUAUGCAGUCUCCGGUGGGCCUACAAAAGGCUGGCCAGGGUUAGAUAAUGAGAUGGAUUCCGGCAUGAUUGCGGUUCAUGCGAAUAUAUCUAAGAUAAACCAUGGUUGUCGCCCAAACGCGGCGCCUCAAUGGGACUGGGAUCUCUUGGCACACAAGUUUUACGCAGUCCGCGACAUUGCUGCUGGGGAGGAGAUUACUAUGACCUAUUUUGAUACUAUAAAGACCCUCCAAGAGCGUCAACAGUACACCAAACAGAACCUUGGCUUCGAAUGCGCUUGUAGCCAUUGUAAGGCUAGCCAGUUUGCCAACUUGUCCGACGAUCGAAUCAAUGAGAUUGUAUUGUUAGAACAGUCUCUGGAAAACAGGCAAAUCGCACCGGCCGAGCCAACAGCAAUGGCCGAGUUGCUAGUCAGUCUAUACAAGCAAGAGGGUCUGGACUGUUUCAUGAGCAAGGCAUAUGCAAUUGCUGCACGCGAAUGGAAUGGUGCAGGUUAUGAGUAUCAAGCACGCUCAUGGGCAUAUCAGAGUGUCAAGGCUGGUCUGAUCGGUGGUUCAGUAGGAUUGAGGCAGGGGGAUCUGGAGGAUAUGGAAGCAUUGUUGGAUGGGGCAAGGAAGCAUUGGUCCUGGAGAUACCGAGUACACUAG